AUGGCGGACGAUGCAAACAACGCUGACCUUGACAAUGCAGAUAGUGUCACGGGACUCGCAGUCUGCCUCGCCUCCGAGGAAGACGAGUCACGUGAAGUAGCCCGUGCCCCUGGCCCCCGCGGAGUCCGCGCUGUCAAAUCGAACGCUAGCGGGAUUGUACUGCAUGUACACGAAAGUAAUUCCGACUCCGACUACGAACGGGAAGAAGAUGGAAACAGCGAGAAUAAGGACGACGACGUUGCUGACGAUCUGGAAGCCGAAUAUGCAAUUGCCAAUCGAACAAGAGUGCGAAUCGGCAUUAUUAAAGUGUCGAGCAUGUAUCGAAUUUACUGCCUCCUUUCCCCUUACGGGAGAGCAACGACUGGGAUUCAGCUCGCAAUGGCAAUGGAUGCAUACCCCGUGAACAUGACCGAUAAGGUUUUGGAAGGGCGAGAACCCACAGCUACACACGAAAAGACAACUGCAACACUUUUAGACUACAACUUCGUGGUGCCAGGGGCACUUGUGAAAACUAUGGAUCGGGUGAUCCGCACCCAGCGAGAGAAAUCCGAAAGGAGUGCAAGGCAGCAGCGUCGACAUGAGCUUACCGGGACGAGUCUACGCACAGCGAGCGCCACCGAGCCUGUCGACAUCGUGCUGAGCUAUGGUGGAGACCUGAAAAAAAAUCUCCAGAAGCAACUAGAAGCUUGGCAAGAAGAUAAGCAGUGGUUGAUGAAGAGCUGGAACAACGAAAUACAAGCGGAUCUCUUCAGCAUUAAAGCAAGCGACAAAGGAAAUCGCAACGAUGUGUGUGCAAAGGAAGCUUUAUUGAAGUACUGGACAUGCAGCUUAAACGCACAAUUCACGCUACCGUCCCAGAAUGUGCCCGUGAAGUUUGACCAAGUUGUGGUGUAG